AUGAUUAAUUCUUUAAAUAUUGAUGAUACGCUUAAAAAUAGAACUGAUGUUAUAUCAAUGAUUGAAAAUUCUAUUGCUAUUAAUAAAAAUGAAAAUGUGCCUAAAAUUGCUAAUAAAAAAACAUUCUUUAAAAUAUUGAAUGGUCCAUUAAAAAACUCAGAUCUCAGUAUAUCAUUAGCUCCUUCAAAAAUCAAUAAAGAUCCACUUAACAAAAAUACUGAUGUAAAAGCUGAUAAAUUUUGA